UGAGGAGGUGGGAGGAGAGCCUAGGAAGGUGCUAAUUGUAAGUGACCUGCUCCAGGGAGCCAGAGAAUACAUACAGUGCCUGUGUUAAAGCUCAGAGGGAUAAACAUUAUCCUGUGAACUGAGGUGUGCAAGGGAGUAGCUGUAGUUUGCCUCCUGUGUUUUACUAAGAUCCCUUUUGUCAGAAAGGGUUCUUUAGUGUAUGGACUGUGGUGUGAAUUCUACAACAGAGGGAUUUGAGGUGCAAGACAGAAAUUCAGUGAUCUGAGGAAAAAAUGCUGCUUGUUAGGUUUCUCUUAAGCUUGGCACUAUCUUUACAAGUAAUCCAAUCUGGAAAUGGUUGUAAGGGGGAGAAAUGUGAUAACAACCCAGAUGGGAAAAAGCCAAACACUUCCUUGGCUACUUUUAAUGAUAUAAAUAAUCUCAAUUCUGAGAGGAAAAGAAGAAAUCCCUCUGAAGUUUUACCUUUCAUUGGGCUUACAGAUGCCAGAAAACUGAACAGAAGCUGCUGUCAGAAUGGAGGAACCUGUUUCCUGGGGAGCUUUUGCAUAUGUCCAAAACACUUUACUGGCAGGCACUGUGAGCACGAUAAGCAGAUCAGUAGCUGCGGUGCCAUUGGCCAUGGAGAGUGGACUCAGGAAGGAUGUUUGCUCUGCCAAUGCGUUCAUGGGAUUCUCCACUGUUUCCCUCAAGACCAGAAAGAUGGUUGUGGUCCUACAAAGAAAAACAUGCUGGCUUGGAUUCAUCUUGGCAUCAGUUCUGAAGGACGAAAACUUCAACAGACAACAAACACCCUUACAGUUUCAUUACUGUUUCCUCUGCUUUGUCAGUUCCUCUAAUGAGUAAAAGAUAAGACGCAAGAAAGGUAGUGGCUUUAACAGUGAGAAAGGAAUAUGAAGCCUUUUGUUUUUAUCUUUAAUUGUAUUCUGGCAAGCAGCAGGACCUGAUCAUCAUGGAGGAUGCCAACUGACUUCUUUAUGCCCUUGGUGGCUAGAAAAAGAACAGUAUUUUUAUCCCACAACAAAUCCAUCUAUUCCUGCCCAUUAAACAGGGGCUAUAAGUAUGUUUCUUCUCGUACCCAUGUUGAAGUGACCCUGUUAAUUGCUUUCAAAUACUGGCUUCUAUGAUGUUUAAUAUUGAAAGAUCAGUUCUUCCAAUGGAAGAUGGUAUAUUUACAUCUACUUAGGCUAAAACAGCCAUAAUUAUAUUGUAAAUAUUAUUUUGCUUUAUAUAAUUUUAAUAAUUUAUUAUCUCUUUUGGCUAUUUCAGCUGUUGAGAAGACAGAAAACCAAGACAUUAAGAAAUGGUUUUCUUGUCAAAUUGGACUGAUUUGUUUUCCCCCUAACUAAAUUAAAACUUGCAAAGAGCCAUUCUAAAGAAAUCAUCAUUUGUAUUACAGUAGCUUCAUACUUGAAGAUGUUGUAAACGUUUUAUUUUCAACCAUUAUCCCUACAUGCAAAUACACUUUAUUUUUAAAAAAUUAGUCCAAAUGCUUAAUUUUUCAGAGGGUACACAUUUUUCAAAAGGGCCUGUAUUGAUCUGAAUGAAUUACUUUGAAAGAUGUGUUCCCAGAAAGUGGAUUAUAUUCAAAAGACGUUUCCUAAACACAUCACUAAAGGGUAUUUAGUCAAGAUUAUGGAUGCUUAUCCAUGAUCAUUUUGUUAACUGUCCCUCCCCCACUGUAAUCUGACUAGAAUAAUCAACAGCUCUAAAUGGCAUGUGAAGUUCUAUUUUUUUUGUCCCCAUACCUUUCCUUCCCACGUUCUCUCAAUUUUAUUAUUUUAUAAACCAUCUUUUGAUGUUUCAUAAAUCUCAAUAAAUCAUUCCUUGUUUCUCUUCAAUAAGUAGCAUCCAUUUGGAUUAAGAUUAUUAUGAAAUAAGAGUGUUCAUACAUAAUAUUCUUGAAUAGUUAUUUUAAAACAGCUAUUCUGGAAUAACUCCAUGUGCAAACAAACCCUCACUUAUCAAAUUAUGCAAUUCCUUGCACUUUAGCUGAGUGGAUUUGAUCUGCAUAAUGUCUCUGAUUUUCUAAAUAAUAAAAUAUGCAAAUAGAGGCUCUUAAUGUCCCUUAGCGAAUCAGGGCAGAGGAAUUUGCAUAUUGACUGUCAUAAAUCAUUAUAGUCAUUUUUAAUACCUAAGGCCCUACAUGACUCUACAAAUUCUUCUGAUUAAGGCUAAAGUUCUCAGAAAUCCCCACACUUUUUUUCCCAUCCACAGACAUGUCUGUCUGCAGUCAGUUCCCUCUUAUUUGGGGAAACAGAGGGACUGAAAUUAUUAUCCCAUCCUCAAGAGCUAAGGAGGAAUCACACAGGAAGGCAUUGCAAAGGUUGAAUUUUAGAUGAACCACAACGUCUGGGUGGGAUCAGAGGCCAAAGAUUUUGUAUAUGCUGGAAGAAGCUGAGCAGGGAAUUGCAAGAGUAGUAGCCAUUCUGGAUUUAGGUGCUACAGAUGGGAAAGCACAGUUUCCACCCAUGCCCUUGCGUGCUUUGUGGAAGGGCAGAUACAAUAUAGCUGGACAGGGAGCAGAGCCGCUUCUCCUCACUAGUACAGUGCCUCUGUGACACCAACAGGUAGAGCAAAACCUGUGACCUCUGGAGCUUAGUGCAGGAGCCUGUACUGCUUGAGCUAAGUCAGCUGGCUCUCAGCUAAGGCUGUAAAGCAAACUUACUCUCUUCUACUAUACCACUAUAUGAGCCAGUACACUGUAUGCAGAGUGUGUGAGUUAUGCCUCUACCCUGAUGAUUUGUAGUGAUGUAGACUUUUUGUUGUUGUUGUUGCUGCACAAAGCUCUAACACAGACAAGAUCUAAUAAUAUGUACCCCAACUUCUAUUGCAAACUAUGUGUGAGCUUUGAGGGAACCAUUCUAUUAUAGCCACUGCAACCUGGUUCUACCCACCCAAACCCUCUCCAAUAGCUAUGAAGACCUACUUUCUAGAUGCUUAUCUGAAGCAAGCCUCCCCCGUCAGUUUACAAUAUACCCACUGAGACGUAACACCUACAUGUUAAGCCAUACUGAUGUCUAGUUUUAACAAAAAUAAAAACUACAAUCUUAAAGAAGUCGUUCAGAUUGUCUGUUCCUGUCAUACAGUCACAUUCCUACUCUUCUCAGCUGUAUUUCUUUUGGCAGCACUGGGGAAUUCACACAUACCAGAAGUGUUAACAUACAAAAUGGCGUCUUUCAAUUUGAAUGGUAUACACUGAGCCUUUGAACAAGCAGUUGUGUUCCUGCAUUGUGGAACUGGCAUUUCCUGACUUUUUUUAGCUUUGGCAGAUAACUUCCUGACUGAAUUGCUUACUUUACACUUUAAAGAGUCUCCUUUUAAACUACAGAAGUGCCAGAAGAACUCAAAAUUUAGUCCCAUCAUA